CUUAUCGAAACCAGGUUCUUAUCCGUCGCCGAUAACGGCGGGGCGGCUCUCGCACUGUCUUGGCGCUACCUUUGGUGGAGGAACUGGUCUGUGCACGGCACAAUCCCUGUAAUUUUUUUGGCUUCUGAGAUCAUCAAGCCGAAGUUUGCAGAAUCGAGAGAUUUGGACGAUAACGACGCCUCUGGCAACCCACCAUCGACGACCGCCGCAAACACACCGUGACCCCUCCAUCGCCGAUUCUUGGAUUCCUUCUCCGGACAAUAAUCACCCAAUUUCCCCCCUGCGAUAACCAAGUGUCGGUGUUGAGUCGAGUCCUGCGCGCCGCCUUCCUUUACACCGAGUAAUCCCAAACAUCACACAUCAAAAUGGAUCACACAAGAGAUCCCUGCCCAUGGGUCAUUCUCAACGAUUUCGGCGGUGCCUUCGCCAUGGGUGCUAUCGGUGGUACGAUCUGGCACGGCAUCAAGGGUUUCAGAAACAGUCCCUAUGGCGAGAGACGAGUGGGCGCCAUCACAGCUAUCAAGAUGCGCGCGCCAGUAUUGGGUGGUAACUUUGGUGUCUGGGGUGGUCUCUUCUCUACAUACGACUGCGCCGUGAAGGGCGUCAGAAAGAAGGAGGAUCCAUGGAACGCCAUCAUUGCCGGUUUCUUCACAGGUGGCUCGCUCGCCAUCCGUGGCGGCUACAAGGCGGCGAGAAACGGUGCCAUUGCUUGCGCUGUCCUUCUUGCUGUCAUUGAAGGUGUUGGUAUUGGUUUUCAGAAGAUGAUGGCGGGUUCCACAAAGCUCGAGGCCCCACAACCACCACCUUCCAACGAAAUGAACCUCGCAUAGAAUGUAUCAAUAAAUCUCAUACUGGUCUAUCAACACCUCUCAACUCUUUCUCCGGCCUCUUCUGCCGAGCUGGACGUGUAUUUUCGUACGCAUAUAUGACGGUCAGGAUCUUGGGUGGCGGCGUUCCCUUGUAACAUAGAAUCGGUUGGUAACGUCUCGAUGUGGAGGGGGGUAUGGCCGUGAUGCCGAAAACGGUGGAGACAAUCAUCUGAAUAAUAUUUCAUUACUGUUUAUACCAUGUUCACGUUUGUCCAAGAUCUUCUAAAAUGCUAUAGGUUCGCUCCUCUUGCUGGCUCUCCUUAGAUCCAUCCCGGAAACAUCCUCGGACUCAUAGCCAGCCGGCGUCGAUCCGUCUGGCUGCCACACUCGGAAAUGCGCGUGGCUGCGCCUAUCAACCCAUGCUCGAAACAUGCCACCGCAGUUAAAGUCCUGAAGGACGCCACAGCGAGCAUCGAGCAACAUCCCGUUGUCGUCUCGAGCCUCCGCGAUCUCGAUACCAAUGAUGCCCCCUGCGCCCUCACCCGUCGAACCCCACCGAUCCCCUGCACUCUUUUCCAGCUCUCCCCCUGGUCCUGCCACUUUCGAGACCGCCUCCUUUGACGAGACACCCCCGAAGCGAGCCAUCGCCCCCACGGUCCUCGCAGCAGCAGUGCGAAGAAACGAAUCCCCGUUCCCGGUCCCCGAAACCGCCAUCGCCCGCGUAGUCACCACCUUUGGGGUCUUGAACGCAGGAUUGUAGCUGAACGGGCUAGGCAGGCAAUCCGCCAUGAGACCUUUCAGUGCAUCAGAUAUCACCACCACUGGACCGGGCCGACAUCUUAACUCUGCGUGACCAGAAGGGUCCCCUUCUUCAGCCCAUUCUUCUGCCCAGAAUCCGGCCCCGACGGAGGGGGUAUCGCCUAUUCGACCGGUCAACUUGUUGGUUAGGCCGCCUGUGCUGGUUGCGACGGUGAGGAUGCCUUGCUCGUCUAGGGUCACGGCGCCGACGGUGCCUUGGGGGAGAUAUUCUUCUUUGCUGUAGGUGGCGAGGCUCUUUCCAGGGUUUUGUCUUUCGCGUUCCAGGGCGCGGGUGUGCUCGUCCCAGCGGGUUUGGGUGUAGAAGUAGGAUUGGGGAACAAUGGCGAGGUUGUAUUGCUUUGCUAGUUGCUCUGCUGCUGGGCCGUGGAUGAGGGUGUGGCCUUGGGCGUUGGGGACAUCGAGCAUGUUUGCGGAGGGUGAUUGGGAAUGGCGGCCGAGGAGGUCAUCUUCUCCGUGUUGGAGGAUUGCUUUUGCUAGGAGGAUGGGAUUGCGUAUGUGGCGGAGGCCGGUGACGCCUACGCCGCGUUUGGGGUAGGAACCUGGGUGCGAGACCAUUAUGGAGGCUUCGAGCUCGUUGUAGCCGUCGCGGGUAAAGACGGCGCCGUGGCCGGCGUUGAAGAGGGGGUUGUCUUCUAGAAGGGCGACGGCAUAGGUUGCUGUGGAGAGGGAGGAGGGGAGGGUGUUGGUGGAGGGUUCAGGAGUGAACAUGUAGUGAUGGGUCUUGCCGAUGAUGGUGAGGAGUGAUUCACGAUAUUGACUGUAGCGGUCUGGUGGGAGUGUUUCGGGGGUGAUGUUGCCGGCUCCGCCGUGGAUGAUAAUUUGGGG